AUGAACUCAGAACAACUAGAAAAAGCGCUCAGAGACCUUCCUCCUCAAUCGCUAAUUACUGAGAUUCCAGAGAUUCAAAAUGCCAUUGCUCAUCUGCUGACAUCUAACCAAGAAAUGCGAGAGUUUGAUCCAGAAAAGAAAGAUCCUGAUUUCACUCAAGCAAUAAAAGAGAACUUAGAACUGAUAAAAAGAAAAGAGGAGCAAAUUGACAUAACACUCAAAGUAAUACGCGAAAAACUGGGUGAAGCAGCUUGGCGUGAAAUGGGAAGCAACGUGCGAGAGUUCAGACAAAUACACUCAAAGCAGCUCGAAGAACAGCUACAAAAGCAGCAGGAAGAAGAAGGAAUCUUCCUUUGA